AUGAGACUGCUCAACCUGCUUCUAGCUCUCUCGCCGCUGGCUCAAGUCUCUUCGACUAUACCUCAAAAAUGGGGCAACUCCAGUGGGCCUUUAGGGGACAAAUUGAUCACUGACCCUGCGCGCCUGCCGGAACUGCAUGCAAUGCACGAUGAGGUGAUCAGGAUGUUGAACACGGGCGAGGUUAUCCCUGCCUUCGGCCUCCUCGGAGAUUUUGUCGCAUCCAUGUCCGGUCUCAAGACUAUUGAAAAGAUUACCGACAAAUUACCGAACCUUUCUACAGGGGGCGACAUUGUUUGGACGAGCAAGGAUAACUGCCGCGCGUAUUUCAGCACUCAAGGCGGGGGGAACGAAGUGUUCCGAACUUAUGGAAAAGACCAUGGGAAUCCCACAUCCAAGGUAUAUAAAAAGGACAAUACGGCGCGGAAGCUGGAUGGUACAACGACAGAGACAUCAUACGAAGUCGGCUUCCUGUUCCCAGGAAGUUGGAACUUCGAAUUCUGUGUGUCGGCCUUCAACGGUAACCUGGAAACCGCUCCCGUUUCCUGUAUUACCCCGCCUGUUUGCUGCGGCUAUAUAAAGAGAGACCUGGUUCCAGGAAACUAUACAGUUGCGGAAGACGUAGCUGAAGACAAAGGGCUUGCGGACCUGUUUGCAGCUUACCAGCAGACUGCUGAGUUUGCAUCCCUUGUUGAGGCUGGUUACGGCCGGGAAGAUAUGGAACUGCCGUCCAUUCUAUAA